AUUUCUGCAUUUUCUGAGCUCUCUAUCCCGACGCACAGAUACUGAGAGCAGAGGCCACAGACGCCACAAAAACCCUCAAAUCUUCAAACCCAAUUCAGUCCCAAUGAUUCUGUUGCAGUCCCACUCAAGAUUUCUCCUCGACACCUUGCUCAAUCGCCUCCAAAACAUCGAGAAGGCGGUGGAGGCGGACUACCACUGGGCCGAGUUCGACGACGUUCGCUACCACAUUCAGGUGACGAUGAAGAACCCACAUAUAUUGUUGCUUUCGGUAUCGCUACCGACUCCGCCUCCGGAAACUGUGUUCGUGGGCGGCCUUCCCUCCGGAGCUAUAGAGGCUAUAAAGGCUGCAUAUGGCUCGGUGGUUCAAAUUCUUGACCCCCCAAGAGAUGGGUUUAAUCUUACCUUGAAGCUCAAUCUCAACAAACUUCCUCCAGAUGAAGAGUACAGACAUGCUCUUUUGCUAAAGAUUGCAUCUGUAAGAGAAGUGGUGCUAGGUGCUCCAUUGCGAGGCGUUCUGAAGAAGCUUGGUGCAAGGAAUGUUGCAUCCAAUACUGAUGGGCUUGUCGCUCUUUUGCACCGACCAAACGAGUCCUUUUUCCUUAUUCCUCAGGUAGACAAAGUGACUGUAGUGUUCCCUAUGAGAUUCAAGGACUCUAUAGAUAUUGUUCUUGCAACUUCCUUCUUGCAGGAAUUUGUGGAAGCAAGACGUGCGGCUGGACUUAAUAGCGCCCCUCCUUGUUUGUGGUCUCCUACCCCUCCUUUAGAACUAAAGGAAGCUCCCACUGAAGCACUGUCUGCGAAUGCAGGAUUUGUCACUUUUGUUAUUUUCCCUCGUCACGUGGAAGGCAAGAAAUUGGAUCGAACAGUUUGGAGUCUAUCAACUUUUCAUGCUUAUGUUAGUUACCAUGUUAAGUGUUCAGAGGGUUUUAUGCAUACAAGGAUGAGACGUCGCGUGGAAUCUUUGAUUGAGGCUCUUGAUCGUGCUAAACCCGGCAUGGAAGAUGGAAAGAACGCUGCUCAAAGUAGAUCCUUCAAACGGCUGAGCCUGAAGGAAGCCAGGACCAAUUCAAGCUAAAAAAGGCAUGGUAACCAGAUGGUAAAAGGGACAUGCUCCUACCGGACCUCAAGAAAGAAUGUCGUCAAACGAAUUGCUCGAAGAUAUUAGAGAACCAUUGUUGGUGCAAGCACAAGUGGUAUUUGAUUUCUCUUGAAGUGUAAAAGAGAAGAAUAUAUACGUGCGCUUAUGUACUUUAUGAACAAAUCGUUAUUUUGUUAAAUUGCAACAUUGGAUGGUCACACAUAUUAUUAUGCGAUUGAUAAGUACAAACUAGAAUUUUUAUUUAA